AUGCUUCAGUUCUUCCAUGUAGCAGUCAAUGUGAAAAGCCCCGACAUUGUGGAUGCUUUGCUCAGGCGUUUUUCCAAUGAUGAAAAGUUGGCAGCGAAGAAGCUAUGGAAGUGCAAACUAAGUGUUGAUCUUCAUUCACUCAUGUGGUCUUCAAGGAACUUGGGCCAGGUUGAAACUGUUCGUCAGAAACGCCAAAGGGAAGUCCAGUAUUCUAAAGCCGGUGUAAAAUUGUCACAUAGUUAUCAACCCUUUAAGAAGAGGGCAAUGGACCAUUCUUCUUAUGAAAAGAAUAGAGUAGAAGGAAAGAGCUAUGAAGUGACUCAAGAUGAGAGAGGAAUCCUAAAAAUCAGUUCUUUCUCUUCUCUAUCAUCUGAAGAUCUUAACAUAACAGAUGUUGUUCUUAGUCUAUCUGGACAGGCUGAUCUUCCAGGUAAACUUGUGGCUGGUGACAACAUGAUGUUGUCAAGGCUGGAAUAUCAGGAGAAGUGCUUAUCCCAUUGCAAUAGAGACGAUGAGAGUAUUGGUCAGUGUAAGAAUGAAGUUCCUGAGACUUUUCUUGAUAGUUCAAGGCUUCAUUCUGACUCUCUUCAGGAGAGCGUUCUGGCGUCCCCUACAGUGGUGCCUGUAAAAAGACCUAUGGAAGUAGAAAGUCAAAGGAGAAAUCUUCCAAUUGUAAUGAUGGCACAGGAGAUAAUGGAAGCUAUAAAUGAGAAGGAAACUGUGAUAAUCUGUGGUGAGACUGGUUGUGGUAAGACCACUCAGGUUCCUCAGGGUAGUGUGCUUGCAACUGCAAAGCGUGUAGCGUUUGAGCUUGAUCUUCGUCUAGGGAAGGAGGUUGGAUUUCAAGUUAGGCAUGAUAAAAGGGUUGGAGACAACUGUCAUAUUAAGUUUAUGACUGAUGGAGUUUUACUUUGGGAACUCCAGGCUGAUUUUUUAUUGAAGCGUCAUUCAGUCAUAAUCUUGGAUGAGGCUCAUGAGAGAAGCUUGAACACUGAUAUCCUUAUAGGAAUGCUAUCUCGAGUUAUAUCGAUGCGCCAGAGACUAUAUGAGGAACAAACGGAGAAGAUUGAUUUAGGAGAAUGUAUUAACCUUGAAAACAGGAUAUAUCCACUGAAACUAGUAUUGAUGAGUGCUACUUUGCGGGGAGAGGAUUUUGGGAGGAUUUUUAACAUCCCCCCACCUGUUAUAGAAGUCCCAACGAGACAAUAUCCAGUUACCGUGCAAUUCUCCAAGCGAACGGAUGUAGUAGACUAUGUAGGCCAAGCUUGUAAAAAGGUACUGUCAAUGCAUAGGAAGCAGCCACCUGGUGGUAUACUUGUGUUUUUGACUGGACAGAGAGAAGUAGAAUUCCUUUGUCGGAAGCUGCGUAAAGCUUCAAAAGAGAUUAUUGGGAAACGCACCAAUGCAAACACUCAACUUGCUGCUGACUCUGAAUGUAGUCUCACUGAGUUAGAUGAAUUGAUGGAUGCCAACGAAGCCUUUGAAAGUCAAGAAAGCUCCAACUAUGAGAUAACAGACCGUUUCAGCUCUUAUGAUGAGGAUUAUGAUGAUCUGUCCGAGGAUGAGUCCGAAUCUUGCUAUGAUCUCGAGGAUGAUGGUGACUUGGAGUUUGCCAAUCCUGGUGAGAAGUUGUUAUAUCCAAUGUCGUUAGAGUCUGAUGAUCUUCUGACACAAGGUUUACAGGGGAAUGGAAAUCUUGGUUCACUUAAGACUGCAUUUGAAGCUUUGGCGGGAAAAAGAAGUCUUGAGAAAGGAUUACUCCAGUGUUUGGCCCUCAUUUAUGGAAACUACCACCUCUUAGGGUGCCUGUGA